AUGGCUUCCACAACGGUCACGAACACUGUUACAGAGAACCACCGGGUUCUAAGAGACUACAGGCUGUACCAUUCUCGCGGAGAAACUAAUAUCACUGAGCAUCUGAACGGCGAGAAUACAAAUCCGUCGAGAUCUGGUCAGCCCCCUGGCUGGGACACAACGCAUCGUCGAGUUCCGCCCUAUCGACCAGCAGAUCGUGAACGGAGCCAGGAGGAGUACAACGUAUACACAAGCAACGUGGAGAGAGCUUUCAUUACGACAAUGUUCACGGGAGUUUUGAUAAAUGCUACCAUGGCAAAGGUUUGGGGAGCAUCAGGUGGACGCAUAAAUGGGAACAUCUUUAAGUAUAGGGUCGGAGGAGAGGCGUGA